AUGGCGUCCCUCCAUCCUCCCCCUCCCCCCAACCGCCAUCGUGCCUCCUCCACCAAUGUCCGCCCGCCGUUGACCCUCAGCUCCCUGGGCUCCCGACGCAGGUCCAACUCUCUGCUCGACCUUCCCCCGCCCACGCCCGUUCAAGGCUUUCCCCUCACGCCCCCAGCUGAGGUCGACUCGCCGCGGCCCAUGGUCAGCCUCCCCGUGUCUCCGGCCAAGGAGGUCAAGGAGAGCCCCUUCGAGAGCUUCGUGUCGAGAUGUCUUCAGCUCCUCCAUCUCACCCACGACGACACGGACCUCUCAACCCCGUCCUCGCCGCGCCACAGUCGCGCGAGCACGGAUUCGACCAUUCUUCCCAUGUCUGCGUCGCCUACAAAGGCUACCUUCGCAGAUGCCUUCCCGGACGACCCUACGUUCCAGUCGCGGAAAUGGUUCCUGCGAGGCCAGCCCUCGGUGCAUACACCCGUCCUCUUCGUGCUCAUGCUCUUUCCGCUUUCCGCUGCGCUGGUCGUGUUCUGUAUCUCGACGCUGCCCAUUACCAUUCAAUGGCCGCGUAACCUCACCGAUUUAGCCGAGCUCGGUCGGGAGCUCCAAGGGUACACCCAAAGCGAGCCCAUCGCCAUGGUGCAUGUUCUAGCUGUGAUCUCCAUUACUGCCGUCUGGAAGCACGCUUGGUCAAUACCAGGCAGUGUGAUCUGGAACGUCCUCGCGGGCGCUCUGAUUUCCCCAGCCUUUGCUACCAUCUUGUUUACGAUGCUCACCACCAUUGGCUCAAUAUGCGCGAGCCUUCUCUCGGCGCCCUUGGCUCCCCUCCUCUCUCAGCUAUUCCCUCGCGCUCUGGACAUGACGCGAUCCGCACUCGAAGGUGACUCCAGCUCUGACGACUCAGCGAGCGCCAAACACAACCAAGCUUGGGUGCGGCUGUCUAUACUCCGACUAAUCGGGGUCGUACCCUGGGCUGGCAUUAACAUCGCGUGCGGCGUAUGCGGCGUAGCGAUCUGGGAUUGCUUCCUCGGAUCGUUCCUGGGUUCAUUACCGUGGACCGCGGUCACCUGUCAGAUAGGCGACAUUUUGCAAACGGUCGCGUCGAAUCCGUCACCAACGCAGCGGAGCGUAAGGGACCUCCUUACGUCUCCACAAAUCCUGUUCAAGCUCGUAUUCCUCUCCGUCCUCUCGCUCGCACCCAUUCUCGGCCGCAAUCGGCUACGGGAGUGGGUCACGACGUCAGUGUCUUCGUCACGGUUGGCACCUCGAGGCGACGAUCAACGAGAGGAGCGGACAUCUCGGUGGGCGUGGGUCAAAGACUGGCAAAGCAAGAUUCGCGUGCCAUCCCGGUCCAGAACACGCGAAGUGUUCAGGAAGGAGCUUGAAGCGCUCGUCCAAGAGAAGAACGCGAGCUUGCCGCUAUAA